GAAGAGAGACCAGUCUGAAAAACUGUUCUGUUGUGGACUUCGCUGUUGUCCGCUAGAAUGUUCCUUAUGAAUGCUUCUCCUUUGGUAGCUCUUCAGACGAAAUGGGAGUCCUUUGGACCAGCAAGGAAUUGUAGAUAUCCUGUUUGCUUCUCUGAAUCUGAAGGGGACAUCAACAGAACCUCUGUAAGUGCAAAAGUUCAGAUGAUCAUAAACAACCUGCAAAGUCAAGAGUCUCCCCUGGGUAUGAACAAUGAGUAUGAUUGUAUUACGCAGAAGAAACACAAGGGAGAAAAGGGCACCAGUAACAGAGUCACGUCUAGCACCACGCUGCUGCAGAAGCAUCCUCAAUAUACCAAGUGCGGUUGCCCUGCGGAUUCAGACGACACCGAGGUGGAAGAGAACGUGGGGUUUGGGACUCCCUUGCUCGAUUCUGAUAGUGAUGAUUCUGUUGACCGAGGUAUAGAGGAAGCCAUUCAAGAGUACUUGAAAGCAAAAAGCAAAAGUGACCAGUUGCUGCAAAGGAAUGCAGAGUGUUCUGAGAAUAUAAGCGGAGACAAAAGGUUUAAGAGAGAAUUCUCCCAGAACAAAAUGGCUAGUAACCUUCUCCCUGUGAAAUUUAAAGCUGAGAUGCUCUCUGAAGAGUACCUGUCUGACCACCUGGGAAUUGGUAAAAGGCUACAGCCUGCUUCCCCUCAGAGCAUCAGUAGCGACGACUCUUUUGAACAGAGCAUACAAGCUGAAAUAGUGCAGUUCUUGAAUGAGAAGAAGCAGCAAGAAAUUAGUAAGUGCGUAAUUGGGGAGGAUAAAAAAGAUGCCCAUGUGAGAUCUGUCCUAAAAUGCAACAAAGAACCAACAAACAAAACAAGCUGUGGUGCUAUAAAGCAAGGUUGUAAUGCGCUUCUCUUGAGACACCAUCCCAAGCUACAGAAAACCAGCACGCAGUCCAAGUGUUUGCAGUCUGAAAUCCAAGAAGAGCCCCGUGAUUUCAGCCAAGUGAACCAGGCAUAUCUAGAAAUGGCCACCGCCAGCCAGCCCUGGUUAGUGGAGCAAAAUGAAGAAAAUGGAGCUAAUUACUGGGAGACGAGGGGAGCACUUAUCAACGAGAGCAUGCACACAUCUGACUCGAGUAGCGAUGAUGGCAUUGAAGAAGCCAUUCAGCUUUAUCAGCUGGAGAAGAUCAGGAAAGAGGCAGGUCACCCAAGAGAUGGUGUCCCUUUGCAGAGAGAACAAUUUGAUACGAAGGGUAUGGCGGACAUUUCUGCAAGCCUGACGAUUAGCUCAACAAAAAGUGCCUCACCAGAAAUCCAUAAAAGCCCUACAAGCAACAAGAGAAAAGACGUUAAUUCAAAGUCAACAGAAUUAGAAAGCACCAGCAAUGAAUUUAACAAGCUGUUCAAACCACUGAAAAAAGCCAGACACUUUGCACCUCCGGAAAACAAGAUUGCUGCUUGCGAGCUCACACUGCAGGCCUCUUGCAGAGCAGACACAUCUGCAGAACUCAUGUGUGCGGAAGCUAUCCUUGAUAUUUCCAAAACAAUCAUGCCAUCCCAAAUGGGAAGUGACAACAAAUCACUUGCCGCAGACUCCUUCUUUUCUCCCCAGCUUCUCUCGUCCUCCCGUUGUGAAAGUGACAGCAGCCUUGUGGACAGCGAUGAUAGCAUAGAGCAAGAAAUCAGGGCUUUUUUGGCUCUGAAAGCACAGUCAGAAAGCCUUGGAACAAAGCCUCCCAGCCUGUCACACUCAAUCCAGAUGCCUUUGCCUUCUGAUCAAAACAGCCUCACCGGUACCCUUGAGCCUUCUCUUCCCAAAACACUGAAGCUAUCGCUGAGUCGUAAAAGGAGACUUAAAAGGGAAGGCAGAAUAGCAAAACAAGGUGCAUCAAAACCACCUGAACAGCUGGAGACAGGACUUUUCCAGCCAGGUAACUAUUCAAAACUUCCUGUGCUCCAAGAGGGGUGUGCCCUGAGCAGUGCUGCAGAACUCUGUGAUGCUCAAAGGCUCAGUAGCAAAGAGACCAGGCAGCAGCAGCUGAUGUCUUCUGAAUUAUCUGGAUCUGUUGGCAGAUGUGCGGCCUUGGACUCUGUAAACCCUUUUAUGCAGGUUCAGAGCAGCGCAAGAAAGCUUAUGAAAAAUACCAUCCAAACUCCAGAGAGGGAUGGUUCGGAUGAUGAGAGCAGUUCUCUUGACAGUGAUGAGGACCUUGAUAGUGCUAUCAAGGACCUUCUACGGUCUAAAAGGAAAUUAAAGAAGAAGUCCAAGGACCAGAAAUCUCAGUGCAAAAAGAGAGUCAGAUUUAGCGAGGCAGAAACUCAGCUGCUAGAUGAAUUUAGUAGCCUCCAACAAAAUGAGUGGAAAUGUAAAAAUCCCAUGCUGCUGAAAAGCUGCCUCUCAAAACCUAGAAAGGCUGUGAAAGAGAAUGCAACCAGAAAUCCUCCAGACAAUGUAAGUGUCAAACUUACCAAUGAAAAACCAGAAACCGUGAAGAACUUAGAGUUUAACGUACAGCUUAAAAAAGGAUAUAAACCUAAACCAACUUCAAACCAGAAUAACCCGCAGGUAGCUAAAUAUAAAAAAUGUACUUUCACAGCUGCGUCAGACGCUGAUGACAGCAGUUCAGUGGACAGCGAUGACAGCAUCGAACAGGAAAUUAGGAGGUUUUUGGCAGAAAAGGCUAAAGACUCUGCAAGCAAUUCAGAGAUGCAAAAAGAUGAUGCAACUCUGGACCUAUUGAGAGUGACCAAGCAAACUGCUAAUAAAGGAAAAGCAAAGCAACAGCCGGUUGAAAAUGAGCUUGACCUCAUGCUGGCUCAGAGUAAAAAGACUGAGGUACCUCAGCAAACUGAGGAGUUGAAGAACUCUCAGAGAACGGAAGGGAAAAGUGCAAUGUUACAUGGCAGUGGGAAAUCUGCUUCCUCUGCGGAGAAUGUUAAUCUUCAUACUACUGGUCAGUCAAAAGCUAAGCAAGGAGUGGGGGGGGCUAAAGGUGUUGCUGGUGGUGGGGAGUUACCUGGGAACACAACAGGUAAAAAGGAUGUCACUAAUACAGAGCCUGUGCAGAAAAUGCUUCCGGCUAAAACCAGCAAAAAUGAAGGUUGUAAAGUACGGAAAGUAAUUAACGCAAAGUCUAGGUCUAAAAGAAAGAAUACCUUUCACCUAAAGAUUUCGAGUAAAUUUAUUGCAGGUCUAAAAUAUGCUCGGGACAGGAAGAAAUCCAUGCUUUUGAACAAAAAGCAGAAAGCAGAGCGUUUGCUCGCCCAGAGCAGUGCAUUAGGAACGGAGGUAGCUUCCCAGGAUACAGAUGUACUUAACCAGGGAAGAGAAGCCCCCUGCCCAAAAGGCGAAUUUAGUGGGGAGUGUACGACAGCAAUGAAAGAAUCCAGUUCUUCUCAGAAGCUCGCUGUGGAAGUGUCAAGUCCCCGUGUAGCAGAAACCUGUGAAAGACUGGAGGCUGCUCCUUUGUAUAUCAAAGAGGAAGCAGAGGGUUGCAGGAAGGCCAGUGCUUCAGGAGACCAGUCGGGUUCACACUCGAGCCUCCCCUCGCAGGAGCGGAGUGUGGCAGCAGUAAAAGUAGAUCAGGCUUGCAGAGGAACAUCCAAAGCUGAGAACAUGCAGAUGUGGAUUGAGGAAGGAGAUAUCCACAAAGACAGCUGGGCCGGUUCAAAUUUAGAUCCCCCACACCCUGAACACAGUAUGGCAGUGGUAAAAGCAGAUAAAGUUAGCAGAGGCACAUCUCAGCAGAAUACACAUGCGUGCAGUAAGGGAGAGAAUAACCAGCAGGACAAGAGGCCAGAUCCAAGUUUAGGUUGCCCGCUGCAGGAACUAAAUGUGACAGCAGUAGCAGCAGAUAAAACUAGUGGAGGAGCAUGUACAAAUAACAGUAUGCAGAUGUGCAUUAAGAAAGAAAAAGUGGACAGUGGCAGGCAGGAAGAAAUUCAAGCCUCCAGCUCCAUCUUGGAAGGAAAAAUAGGUGUCCUGCAGAAUAGGGAAACUGCUUGUGAAGUGGACCAAGGGCAGGAAGUUUUAGACAAAACCUGUGCAAAAUUUACUGACCUACCUGCAGGGGACUGCCCAGAUUCCCUCUUGAAAAGAAAGGUUUCAAAUAUGAGAAGAAAGGGAAGCUAUGAGAAGCUCAAGGUAUUGUCUAGACUCUAAUAGAAGAAUAGCAGCGAAUGAUGG